AUGCUACAACAGAGCCCCAGACUGACUGGCAUAUGCAACGAACGGAGGCCUGGCACAGUAAGGUGCAACUGCUUCCACCGAAGUUGCCAAUCAAAGAUUGUCACUGUCCCCACCGCUUCCAGUUCGUACCAUCAGGGGUUUCGCUGGCCUCGCAUGGGUCUACGGGUCUGGAACGCGGUGCUCUUGGUCUGUCUUUCGUUUCUGUUGGCGCCUGAAAGUAUGGAGGCGUUCUUGCGCCCGGCGUCCGCCUACCCCCCACUUCUCCAAGCUCUUCAAAAGGGGCCUCUCAAGGUCUCUCUGGUUGGCUCUGGCAACUGGGGAACAGCUGUAGGGAAGAUCGUCGCUGCCAAUGCGAAAGACUCGCAUAUAUUUAACACAGAUGUCCGAAUGUGGGUGUUUGAGGAGGAGGUUGAGGGCCGCAAGUUGACCGACUGGAUAAACAACAAUCAUGAGAACAGGAAGUAUCUUCCUGGCUUUGAACUGCCCUCGAAUUUGCGUGCUGUUCCAUCCCUUACGGAUGCAUGCAGAGAUGCGGAUCUCUUGGUCUUCGUCAUGCCUCACCAGUUCAUUGAGAAAGCCUGUCGGGAACUAAAGAAAGCCCAGCUGCUGCCUCCGCACACUCGGGCGAUCUCGCUUAUCAAGGGCAUAGGUGUCAGGAAUGGCUGGCCGAUAACGCUGACUCAUGAAAUCGGCAGUAUCUUGGAUCUUCCCAAGCCUUGCAUUCUGUCUGGUGCCAAUGUGGCCAGUGAUGUCGCCGCUGAGAACUUCGCGGAGGCGACCAUUGGCCAUCCGGAUGGGGAGACCGAAACGGCCGCGUUAUGGCAACUGCUUUUUGACAGACCUAACUUCAAGAUAAAUGUGCUCCCGGACGUUGACGGGGUCGAGGUCUGUGGAGCUCUAAAGAACGUCGUUGCACUUGCUGGUGGAUUUUGUGAGGGAAUGGGCCAGGGUACCAACACGAAGGCGGCAAUUCUACGACUUGGAGUUGAAGAGAUUAAAACGUUUAUUAUGACCUUCUUUGGUGACCUCCUUGCUGAUACAUUAUAUGACAGCGCGGGCUAUGCUGAUGUAAUAACUACAGUCUUUGGGGGACGUAACUCGAAGGUUGCUGCUGAAUUCGUGCGGCAGAAGGGCAAAGGAUGGGAUGAACUGGAGAGGGAAAUGCUCAAUGGCCAGAAACUGCAGGGCCCGGCUACGCUUGAACUCGUUGCUGAGGUGAUACGUGCGAACGAAGUCGAGCACUUGUUUCCGCUAUUCAUGUCGACAUACAGGGUGGCGUUCGAAGGCGCAGACCCCCAGACAAUUCUCGACGUGUUCCGGACGAAGCAGCCCCGUAGCAUCCAAAGGAGUGAAGACUGCGUGAAGCUGAAAGUCCCUACACUCGUGCAGGAUGCACGAAAUCGAAUCGCGUCGCGCUUGAGAAAGCUAGGGAGAAGCAUUAGUGAACUCACGAGGAACCCGCUGGACGCACCGAACGAUAACGCAGCAAGCGCCAACCAUAAAAAGGACAGCUGCCCAAGAAACUGA